AUGUUUCCCUCUAUAUUAUGCUCUUCUUUUCUCUUCUCUUUUCUUCAUUAUCGUCGAUCGGCUUUUCUUUCCGUAUAUUUCGUAAAUUAUUUUUUUUGCCCUGUCCUUUGCUUCUGUUUUAAACUCGUCCAACCAUUUUUUUCCUUUCUUUCCCCUAUUCUGUCUUCCUCUUUUUUCUAUUUUCCUAUUCGGAUGUUACGAGAGGCUCGGUUCGACGCGUGCCAUCAAGACGAAGCUCGGUUCGACGCGUGCCAUCAAGACGAAGCUCGGUUCGACGCGUGCCAUCAAGACGAAGCUCGGUUCGACGCGUGCCAUCAAGACGAAGCCCGAUUCGACGCGUGCCUUCAAGACGAAGCUCGGUUCGACGCAUGCCAUCAAGACGAAGCUCGGUUCGACGCGUGCCUUCAAGACGAAGCCCGAUUCGACGCGUGCCUUCAAGACGAAGCUCGGUUCUAUCCGGGAGUUAGUUUUCAUGGUUUCACUGAAAUUGCCCCUCUCUAUCUAUCUAUCUAUCUAUCUAUCUAUCUAUCUAUCUAUCUAUCUAUCUAUCUAUCUCUCGCUCUCUCUCUCUCUCUCUAUAUAUAUAUAUAUAUAUAUAUAUAUAUAUAUAUAUAUAUAUUUCUAUCUCUCUCUUUCUCUAUCUAUUUAUCUCUAUCUCUGUCUCUAUCUCUAUAUCUCUCUAUCUCUAUCUAUCUCUCUAUCUCUAUCUCUAUCACUAUAUCUCUAUAUAUCUCUAUCUAUCUCUAUCUCUAUCUAUCUCUCUGUCUAUCUCUCUAUCUCUAUCUAUCUAUCUAUCUCUCUCUCUCUCUCUCUCUAUAUAUAUAUAUAUAUAUAUAUAUAUAUAUAUAUAUAUAUAUAUAUUUCUAUCUCUCUCUUUAUCUAUUUAUCUCUAUCUCCAUAUCUCUCUAUCUCUAUCUAUCUCUCUAUCUCUAUCACUAUAUCUCUAUCUCUAUAUCUCUAUCUAUCUCUAUCUCUAUCUAUCUAUCUAUCUAUCUAUCUAUCUAUCUAUCUAUCUAUCUCUUCCUGACCCAUUUCCGUUCGACAUCUUUCUUCAGGAACAUCUUUGCUUGGACAACGUCCCCUUUGACCUUUUCUCUGGACAUCUUUCUCCGCGAGUCUGGAUCUCUUUCCCCACGUAGGCACUUCGAGCUUUCUUUCACCUGGAUAAGCCUUCCUCGAGACUUUUUGCUUCCCCAUCCGGUUUCAUCUAUACCUCUUUCUGUACAACGCGCUUCUCUAAGUUCAUCUUUCCCUGGAAUUAUCUUUCUAAUUCUUUUCUCUCCCUCUCUCUCUCUCAAUUACCUUCCCUUUUUUUUGACUCUCUCACCGUCCCUCUCUGUGCUCUCUGACCUUCCCUCUCUGUGCUCUCUCGCCGUCCCUCUCUGUGCUCUCUCUCUCUUUUUGAAUGCAGAUAGACGAAAUAAUGUUUAA